CGACGGUCACCUUGAGGCGAAGAAGAAGAAGAAGUAGUACAUCGACAGAGGCAGCAGAAAUGAACUCGGUGCCCUCGUCGAGCCCUUCGAUUUCCGCGUUCCAAUUAGAAACCACUAGAGACAGCUGCCAUCUGAUAGAGGAUGCCGCACUGCAAGAACUCAUAGAGCCCGUCGGAGAUUUGGACGUUUUGGAUCAGGCCUGCUUCCGAAAGAGCGACGACCUAUGGCGACAAGUACGCGAAGAAUCCUGGGACCAUAUCUACGAGCGCACGCUCAUCUACAUGCGAACGAACCUCGGCUACUUUUUCGACUACAACAUAGCGGAAGGAACCUUCGGUCGCUUUGUACGGAUGUAUGAACCAGAAGCACGAGCUGAGGUCACUGUGUGGUUCACUGACGAGGCAAAUAUACGCAAAGAAGAUCUUUGGCGUGUAUUAUCACACCCUAAUCUCAUGGAAUUGGUGAGGAGAAUCAGGGUAGACGUUUGCACGCCCUUCUUACAGACAUGCAUCGCGUACGUCAUGCCCGCCUUUGACUUCACCCUGCAACAAAAGGUGACCCCUAAGGUGUUCCGUUACUCCGAAACCGCCUACGGCCAGAUCAAGGCAUGGCUCUACGAAAUUAUGAACGCCCUAGACUACCUCCACAGCCGCGGCAUGUACCAUCUCAAUAUCCACAUGAGGAACGUAUUUAUCAUUCGUGGCAACCGGGCAGCAUUAGGUGGGCUCGCCAACCUUCAUCGCGCGGGGACAGUGACUGCAGACGCCGUCAAAGUGGACACGAUCUACGCACCGCCCGAGGUAGUUGCUGCCCGUAUAGGCAUGGACAACAAGAUGUGGGAACUCCAGGCUGACCGAAUUGACAUGUGGAGUCUGUGCGCUAUGUUCGCUGAGGCACUCACCUGCCACUGGCGCUGGAAGAUACGCAAGUUCCUGGUUCUCACCAAGAAUAGAGUUCACUCAACGGGUGAUCGAUUAGCGCUUCUGGGUGACUACACAACGAGUCGGUUUCAAAGCCCAGAGUGCUUGCGUAGAUACCUGAACAGGAGUUUCAGAUCAAUUAUGUUUGAAGACGAGGAAGUCGGGUCUUUGGCUCUUCUUCUUCAGUGUGGUCUCAAGGUAGUCCCUGGCGAAAGAAAGGUCGUGUCUGGGAUGUUAAGGGCCAGAUAUUGGACUGAUACCUUCACAUCACCGAGGUCUCCUCCCGUUGAAGAAAACCUGGAGUGCUCAUCGCAGGAGAACACCACAAACUACAGCUGGGACGACGAGCAGCAGUACUCCAGUCGAGAGCUGCUACAUUUUUAUCGAAAUCUCUCUGAAGACGACGAUGACGAAGAGACGGACGACGAGCUCCGCCGGGGAGAUACCUCGGAAGACACGUUGACACCCGAAGGCGCCAGCCCCACCCAGACUACCAUGGUGCUUCUACCGCGCGCAGACGUGCUUCGCAUCAGCACCUUGGAAAACUCUCCGACGAUUUCUUCCACUUUGACCGGUGAGACGGGUCGACAGCGGAGCAAGUCGUUCGCUUCCAAGACGAGGGAGUGGUUUGGAGAGAUGAGAAGACGAUGCUCCAUUCGAAAGUAAAGGCCACCGGCUCCGCGAACAUGAUAAUAGAGCAGAAGAUGAAUGUAACAAAAAGAAAUAUCAGAUAUAUAGCACAAAAUAAAAUCUCUGUACAGCGCA